CAUCAGGUCCAGCCCUUCCGUCAUCUAGGGUUUAGAUUGCCAAUUCCCCAAUCAAAACACCACCCCAAUCCUGAUUCAAAUUACACCAAUAUUUCUGUAAUUCGGCGGUAAAAUCAUCAUGGGGAAGAACGACUUCCUAACCCCAAAGGCAAUUGCCAAUCGGAUCAAGGCCAAGGGACUUCAGAAGCUUCGAUGGUACUGCCAGAUGUGCCAGAAGCAAUGUCGAGACGAGAACGGCUUCAAAUGCCACUGCAUGAGCGAAAGCCACCAGCGACAGAUGCAGAUCUUCGGCGAAAACUCUAAUCGCAUAGUCGAUGGCUACUCCGAGGAGUUCGAGCAAAGUUUUCUCGAUUUGAUGAAACGAAGCCACCGGUUCAGCCGUAUCGCCGCCACCGUGGUCUACAACGAGUACAUCAACGACCGCCACCAUGUUCAUAUGAAUUCGACUGAGUGGGCCACGAUAACCGAGUUCGUGAAGCACUUGGGGAGGACGGAUCAAUCAGAAUUCGGAUCAACCCCUCAUUGUCCAUCUCUGAAAAUAAUUGAACAGAGAAAAUCCAAUGAUGCAGAAGUCGAGUCACUGCGAGAGGAAUACCAUCAAAGGGUUGCAACACUUGAAAGGAAGGUGUAUGCUCUUACAAAGGAAAGGGACACGCUUUGGCGGGAGCAGAAUAAGAAAAGUGAUGCAGCUGCUCUUCUGAAGGAAAAGGAUGAAAUAAUUAAUCAAGUUAUGGCUGAAGGUGAAGAGCUUUCAAAAAAGCAGGCUGCUCAAGAAGGACAGAUUAGGAAAUUAAGGGCUCAGAUCAGAGAGUUUGAAGAAGAGAAGAAAGGGUUGAUUACUAAACUUCAGGAAGGUGAUGCUGCUGUUGCCGUUGCUGAGGAGGGGAAGAAGAACAACCAUGUAGUAAGAAAGUUGGAGAAGCGUCAACAGAUUUGCACCCUUGACCAGCAUAUUGAAGAGCAAUUUGGUUGUGGUCGUCUAUUGGCUUGUAUCUCAUCACGACCUGGACAGUGGCUGUGCUGAUGGGAUGGGAAAACAUUGGACAAUGAGUUGGAGGUUGUUGAGGGAAUGAAGCUAGAUAGGGGCUACAUAUCCCCUUAUUUCAUCACCAACCAGAACAAUCAGAAAUGUGAAUUGGAAAAUCCUCUAAUCAUAAUCCAUGAGAAGAAAAUCUCAAGUAUUAAUGAUGUGGUUAAAGUAUUGGAGUUGGUUUUGCAGUUAUGAUUUCAGAUCUGUAGAUAACCUGUUGUUGCUGAUAUUGCUACACGGGAGGAGAACAGAACAAGUUGGAAAAUGUGCAAGAAGGGAGAGCUAACUCAUACAACGAAGAACAAAUUGAUGAAGUUAAGAUCAAAUUAGUAGAAUUUGUGAGCUCUCCAUUAUUUAUAAUUAUAGGUAGGAAGUAUGUAUGUAAUAGAGCAAAGAUUGGUUGACUAUGUAAUAACAAUUGAAUUGUCAAGUUUUAUGAAAGAAAUAAUUUUUGCUUCU